UUUUUACCAUUGGCAAGUGAAAUGAUUUUGAGGAUGUAAGCAGUACAUUGGUAGACCAAGUACCGGUACAUCAAGGAAAGUGAAAUCAUGAUGCGGGGUUUACACCCUUCUAAUGCAGGGGAACUCCCUAUGACCCGGAAUAUGCCGUUUUCCACAAAAACCAUGCCGAGCAAGUCCCACAAUCGCAAUAUGACUGGAAUCUACUUGGGUCUUGAAGGCAACAUUAAACCUCCAGCUUCAAGGUCACCUAACGUCCCUGUCAUAGCCCGGGGGAGAGGAAUGUCCCAGAGGAUUAGGACCCCCACAGAGCAGAGACGAUACAAAAUGGUGGAACAGUUACGCAUUAAAGAAGAGAAGAGAGGCUUUGUAGGACAACCACUCAAGAGCGCUAGGCGGUCACAUUCAGCCUUAGACCCAGAGGAGAGGAGGAAAGCCUUAGGUGCCCCCGAGAUCCUGCCCCCAGCAGAUUUAAGCCCCAGGACUGCGGCAGCCAGAAAAUGGGGCCCAGGAAAAGCAGUGGAUAGGAACCAGUUUUAUGACUUAAUCAAAACAAACCCUCGCAACUAUACAGUGGUGGUGAAUAAUGGAGUGACACGGUCAGAAAACUUGUCAGGACUGAUGAGUUUCUCCAUGGAUCACCCAGACGGAAUCCCGCAAAUGGUGGACACUCUUGCUGAAGAGGUCAACCGAAUCUCAGCAAAGGAGGAGGAGGCAGUGGGCCUGGAGGAGUGCUUCAAGAAAGUCUGCAAGGGUAAUGUGGAAUCUCUCCAGUCUCUAUUUCCAUACAGAAAACAGCAUUCUACUCUCCAACGGGAACCUUCACAAUUCAGCACGGGAUUUACCGUCAGGAGUUAUAGAAAUCCAAACCAAGCCGAAAUCAUGGCCAACUUUUCUGAGGGUAAUUCCCAGCGCCCGCGUACAGUGCCUGUCGACUCUACACAUAAUCGCCCUAUAGUUCCUAGUCCAUACUUCUUCCGUCACUAUAACAACCCCUACAAUAAACUUAACACUAGUGCCUCUAGUGCCAAGUCUCGCAAAUCUGCACCCUCUCACAUCAAUUUUGAUGGUCAGCUAUCCUCAGUUCCCGGAACGUCACGCAUGGCUGCACUUCCUGGGGCUGGUGCCCUGUCACGGUCCUUGAAAUCUCGAUCAGCGGCCUGGAGUGAGAGUGACUUCAAGCUUCAUGGAAAGCUACAUGGUACUCCAAGAGAAAUCCUACCUAGACCAGAAGAGAACAGUGUUAUGGAGUCUGUCGUGAGAGGUGCCAUGAUAAAAGGAAGCAUUGGUUCAAAAGGAGGAAAACAAGUACAAAUCUCAAUGAAACUAAGCACCGGCCAAGACUCUGGCAACCCCCCAGACCAAACCAACCCCCCCAACAAAAUGAUGGACACCGUGGAUAAGACGGAGAGAGAGAAGAAGGACAACUUCGAGAUCGAGGUCGCAGACGAGCACGGCAAAGCCGGCCAAGUCGAGAUAGAUUCACCCGAGGAGGAAUUACAAGAACCCACACCCAUUAAAGGCAAUGUCCGUAAGACUUCAAUAAGUGAGAAAGUGGAAAGGACGAGAAUGUCUGAGGCCUACAUUGAAACCAUCAAGGAAAAUGCUGAAAAGAGGAAAAAGCAAUUUGAACAAAUGCUGGAUGAGCAUGCAGAAAUUGUACAGGAAAUCGGAAAAGCAGGGAGCAGGGAGGAUUUAGAAGACCAGAGAGACCAUUGAGCCCUCCCGGCAUCUAUCCCCCCUACAAUCAAACCACUGUGUCAUUGUACCACUUGGAAGACAACAUGCUAUAUAUAUAGACGUGUUACUAUAUAAGGAAUCACAUUUAGUGGGUUUUUGUGAUAGAAUUGCCAUCUGAUAUAGAGACUUCAUCAUAGAAGUGAUUAUGAACAAGAAAAUGACCAUCAUUUGCAGUUAUUUGUAAACUUUAUUUAGACUCUGUCAUUACCUGAGCCGACAGGAAACUGCCAUUAGAUAUCAUCUACUCCAUUUUGUCUUCCAGACAACAGUUGCUAGGAGACAGGACGCUGUGAUAAUUUUAUCGCCAUGAUGACAGAUUAUUUCACCAUGGUGACAAGUUGUAAUUAUAUUGGAUAUAAAUGUCUUAGUUUUCACCCUCCAGAGAUAGCGGCCAUUGGCUUCUAAAUACUGGAAUCUCAUCGGAUAUUCAUUAUUAAUAAUUUAAGAAAAGUAUUUUUGGCCAAUACAGCAUUGCUUUCUUUAUUGUUGCAGGAUGUCGACUGCAGCAAUAUAUAGGAAAUCUGUCUUCAGUCUGAAUUCAUAGAAGUGCAAUUUCAUUUUUUUUUUAGUACGGAUUUUUUUCUGAAAUGUCAACAGCUUUUGAAUGCUGUUUGCAUUCAGUCUGUAUAGAAACAAAACCAUUUUAUAAAUUCACCAAAAUAGAAGAAAAAAUUAUUUUUAGAGUUGAUUCUAGCAAUGGUUUCAUUGAAAGAAUACAUCUUGUGUGUUAAUUAGGACUGGUAUGUUUGUAUCUUAUUUACUAUGGCAUGUUUUAAGCUUAAAUCAUGUUUUUACAUUGAAAAAGGAAACAUUGUUCAUCCUGUUACACUGAGUGAAUGCCUUGUGGAUAUGGUGUGAGAGUGUCAUUAGAUAUAAUAGAUGCUCAGUUAUAUAAUUGAUAUAUAUUCACGAGAUAUAAUUGUGAGAUGUUGGUAUAAAUAUAUAGGGUCCACAUUCUUGAAGAAAAAAAGAGAAUAUAGUUUUGAAUCAAUAAGGGUAUGACUUUUUUUUGUAAUAAUGAAUAUUUAAAAUAAUUUCAGCUUGAUUGUAGAUCAAUGACAGUUAUUUCCUUGUUUUUAGAAAUAUUUAAAUGAAUCUUUAGACAAAUACAUUGCUUCUAGAAAAUUUAAAGCAGGUUAAAGUCAGAUUUUUUUAUACUCCAAAAUCUAAGGCUAUCUGUAUAAAAUGCAGUUGAACUUCAAUAUCGUGAACACUGAUAUCUGGACUACCAUGGGUUAUACUGAUUAAGUGAUUUGGAAGUCCUAACCAUGUAUGUCUUUAGUGUUUUAAAAUUACCCUUGAUAUCUGGAAUCCUUGGAUAUCUUUUUGGGUCCCAUGGAGUUCAGGAUAACAAGGCUUGACUGUACUUGUAAUGUUAUACUCAAACAGCUAUGCAGA